AUGAAGCUCCUCAAGUUUUUCUUCGCCGGUUUGGCCGCUGGAAUGAACAUUGCCCAGCACUACCUCGCCGACAAAUUCGCCGACGAUCACAACGACAAGUUGAUGAUCCUCAUGAAUCCUGCAUUCAAAGAUGCCAGCUUUGAUCAGUCGGAACAGAUGAAGAUGAUGCUUCCACUGCUUUUGAUGGAUGCCAAGACAAACGAAAACUCAAAGCUGCUUAUGAUGCUCAUCAUGCAGGAUCCCCAGUGGCUCGAGAACAACGACAACCACAUGCUCUUCACUUAUUUGAUGAACGCUGAGGAUGACACUCUUGAUUUCAAGACCAUGUUCCUCAUGACAAAUAUGUUCCGCAAAGAUUGCAACAAUAUGGGCGCACAACGAAUGAACAGCAUGAUUCCCCUUUUGCUCGGAAAGGCUGAAAAUGGCAACAGUGGUAACGCUAGCGACCAGCAUGAUAUGCAAAGCAUUCUUACUAUGAUGAUGUUUAUGUCCUCUGGCGAAGCUGGUCUCGAUACUUCCGCGAUGCUCCCACUUCUCAUGGAAGAAAUGGUCUUCGAAGAAGGUGAUUUUGAUCACGACAAGAAACUGCUCUUCUGGGUUAUGAUGUCGAUGAUGUCCGGCGGCAGCCACGACCAGCAAGGAUUCAACAACAACUUUAACAUGAUGCUCCCUCUUAUCAUGCGAGAUUGCAACGAUGCCGCCUGCGAAAAGCAAAAACUUGACAUCAUGACAGUAAUGAUUGCCAUGCAAUCUAAUGCUCCCAACACCGCUUUCGGACCCGAUAUGAUGAUUCCCUUGAUGCUUAUGGGCAACACCGACAACAACCAGGAGCUCAUGUUCUUCAUGAUGACCCAAUUGAACAACAAGGCCUGCGAUGCUCCUGUCUACUACGGAGUCCACCACUAA